AUGCGUGACACGCACCUGUAAUGGUCGCCGCUUCCGCUUUAUGUGAGGUGGAGAAAAUGAUAUGAACCGGCGACUGGAAACCAAAUAAUUCGAUUGACGAUCUUUGUGGUAAUUCAGGUGUCACUGACUGAUUCACCAUGUCUGCUUCAGCCAUUUAUCUCCUUGAUGUCAAGGGAAAGGUUCUGAUAAGUCGGAACUACCGGGGUGACAUCGACAUGUCUGUGAUUGACAAGUUCAUGACCUUAGUGAUGGACAAGGAAGAGGAGGGCAAUGUAUCCCCCAUCAUCCAACAUGGUGAUCUGGCGUACAUCUACAUCAAGUACAACAACCUGUACCUGGUGGCCACUUCCAAGAAAAACGCAAAUGCGGCUCUGAUGUUCUCCUUCCUGCAUAAACUUGUACAGAUAUUUGUGGAGUAUUUUAAAGAGUUGGAAGAGGAAAGUAUCCGAGACAAUUUUGUUGUCAUUUAUGAGCUUCUGGAUGAGGUGAUGGACUUUGGCUACCCUCAGACUACUGACAGCAAGAUCUUACAAGAGUACAUCACCCAAGACAGUCACAAGUUGGAGAUUGCUCCUCGUCCACCCAUGGCUGUCACCAAUGCUGUGUCGUGGCGAUCGGAAGGCGUGAAAUACAGGAAGAACGAAGUCUUUCUUGAUGUCAUAGAAUCUGUUAAUCUUCUCGUGAGUGCCAACGGCAAUGUGUUACGGAGCGAGAUAGUAGGAGCAAUCAAAAUGAGGGUGUUUCUGUCAGGAAUGCCUGAACUACGCCUCGGCCUAAAUGAUAAAGUUCUGUUUGAAAGUACAGGCAGGGGGAAGAGCAAGUCAGUGGAACUCGAGGACGUUAAGUUCCAUCAGUGUGUGCGACUGUCCAGAUUUGAAAAUGAUAGAACCAUCUCCUUCAUCCCACCAGACGGAGAGUUCGAACUCAUGUCCUACAGGCUCAAUACUCAUGUGAAGCCGCUGAUCUGGGUGGAGUCGGUGAUUGAGAGACACGCCCACAGCAGGGUGGAGUACAUGAUCAAGGCCAAGAGUCAGUUCAAGAGGAGAUCCACAGCCAACAAUGUUGAAAUCAUUAUUCCGGUACCAACUGAUGCGGAUUCCCCCAAGUUUAAGACGUCUGUUGGGAGUUGUAAAUACUCUCCAGAAAUAAGCAGUGUUGUCUGGAGCAUCAAGUCUUUCCCAGGAGGGAAGGAGUAUUUGAUGCGAGCCCACUUUGGUCUGCCCAGCGUGAUGAGUGAGGACCUUGAGGGUCGGCCUCCAAUCAAUGUCAAGUUCGAGAUUCCUUACUUCACUGUAUCAGGAAUUCAGGUUCGCUACCUAAAGAUCAUUGAGAAGAGCGGGUAUCAAGCGCUGCCAUGGGUGCGCUACAUCACACAGAACGGAGACUACCAGCUGCGCACCCAGUGAGAAGCUGCUUCUCAUUGUCUGGCAUCCUAGGAAUCCAUGUACAGUCAGACUAUAAGCUCAUCGUUGAAACAAGCCCCUACGUUCGGUCCUUGUAUGUCACACAGAGGGAUUGUAGCUCAGAACAAAAUGGAGAUCAUUUUUGUACGAUACAACGUGGAUGAUUUUAAUUAUACUGACAGAGAACUAUAUGUACUUUAAGUGUAUGAAACUAUUUAUAUAUUUGUUUAUGUAAGAAAAUGUAAAUUUUAUUGUUUAAGGAGAAAGAAUUAUUUGUUUUGAAAUAACCUAAACUGAAACACUUUGAAAACACAUAUCCAUGGGUUUUUUUUAUGUUAUUUGGCAAAAUGGCAACAAUAAUCAAAUUAGAUUGUUCAGUGUAUUUAGGCAUGAGGUAUUCAAACACAAAAUUGUCUUCGUUGGGUUGGAAUCCCACUCGAUGUGUUUAAGAUUAUGUGUUUUCAUUGUGUGUCAGUAUAGCUUAUUUCGUUUUUAGUUGUAGGAAUGGUGGUCCAAAUAAUAACACAUUCAUUGCAAUGUGGAUUGGCAGAUCUAUAGCUGUCAUUAAGGAAGCUAUUAGGAUAUAGUGUUGGAGUAUGGAGAGGAUUUUCUGAUAAGAGAAGCUCUAUGACUUUUGUCAUGGAUACCGGUAUAUUAUGUGUGACAUGAAAUGAUGUAACUGUUUGAUGCCGUCUUUGUUAGUUGGUGAAUUGGCUAUUCCGUGGACAGCAGUUUGAUGUAUAUACUUGUUGUUGGCCACAAGAGACGGACACACACAGAUCCUCUUGUAUUUAUUUGUGUUGAGUAGUUGAUCCAUCCUGUUUGCUACACUUACAUGUCUGAUUUAUUUCGAGUACUGUUUAAGUAUUACAAAGGUCAAGGAUGAUUUGUUUCAUUUUGUCGUAUAUAUAAUCAGAAAUUGUCAGCAAUCAAAACAUCAAUCGUAACCUUAAUUUAAAGAUUGUGCUGAAUGCUUUUUAGAAUUUUUCAGUUUGUAGUAAUUUGAUAUUGUUUUGAAAAUAUUGAAAAUAUAUAUGUGCAGUAUGUGACGUAUAUAACAUAUAUAACACUUUAACAAGUUAAUCAAGUUAAUAAAUUCUGCCAGCAGUUUUCAAUAAGAUUGCAAUAAACAUUAUAAGGUAUGUGACUGAUUUUAAGGAUCAGUAGCAUUAGUUGGUGGAUGAAAGGACCGAGGAACAGAGAUGUUACUGAAUAGUAUAAAUAUGUGAUAUAUAAAUGAAAUAUUAGAAUGAUGCAUGUUAUCAUUGUUAUGACAAUGACUUUUCUGAAGAUAAUGUUAAAAUAGCAUUGAUAGAUUCAUUGACUCCAUUUCAUUGAAUUAAGAUCAGAUGUUAUAAAAUUGAGGUUUCAAUGAUGUCAUGAUCAGUGCUUUUCCAAGUUAACUGUAAAAUAUCACGACUAGAAUUGAUUAUAUAUGUGGGAUGUUAUUUACCGUUAAUGAAAUGUUGUAUGGGGCAUUGAUUUACUUUGUGUAUGUUUUAUGUCACUUUCAAUACAGCUAUUUAAGUAUUCAUGGUUGCUAGACUUUUGACCAUCAGCAUAUAUGUCAAGAGGUCAUAUAUAUGUUUCAAUCACUCCUCAAGGUACAACAUAGGCAUACGUACUUUGUCAAGCAUUUUUCUCAAACUGAACCCAGUUAUAACAGCAUUUUACCUCUUAAUAUUUCCGGUAAUUUCUGUAUCUCGGAAUAGGUUUACCUCAAUAUAUUUAUUGGUCCAUCCUCACAACAUAAGCAGGUUCCAAGAUUUUUCUAAAUACAUUUGGCACAGGAAAUUUGUUACUGAAAUAGGUUAUCAUGUUGCUUAUGAGUGGCACAUCUUGUAUUAACACAUUUGUUCAAUGAUAUAUUUUCUCAAAGCCUUUGGUCGUUUAUGAAAUAUAAAUAAAUUUAGUUUUGUCAAAUUUGAGAGGAAUGUUAACAAUUUUUUCGAGUUCAGACUGUUUGGAGUUAUGGUGAGUGGAUAGUUAUGAACAGGUGAUAUAACAUGUAGCACUUUUCUCAGAACUGUGAUGUUUUUGUUCAUAAGUGAGAUUAUCAAGCUUGGUGUUGGUUACCACAUAAAGUUUAAUAGAAUGUUUUUUUACUCUUUCCUGAUUGUUAAUUCCGUAGACCUCUAAACCAAGUAAAACAACAUAAACAGCCCAAUCUCACUGAUAAGAGGACUGUGCCAUGUUUUACUAGAAUGACUUUUCGAACACUAUUAUACACAAUAAAUUGUAUUGUAAUUUUGUUAUGACAUUAGUGUGAAGCAAAUAUGGUAACAAGAACUAGGUAAGAUUUAGGGGGAAAAUGUGAAAGAAUGAAGUUUGAGAUAUUGUACUGGUUGCUAUGACAUGUUUGCGACAACUAGUGUAAGAUUAUGUUCGCAGCCUAUGUGACAAGUCCUGGAAAUGACAUCGAGAUUGAAGGAAGCUGUCCUUCUGUCAGACUAAUAAGCAGUGUGUCUACAUUCCUCAUGGUUACACAACUUGUUUGUCAUGUAUUUCAUCAAUUAAAUCUGCAAGUGCUA